AUGCCCCCGUCCAAGAGGAAAGCACGCCGCAAACCCGCCGAUCUCCUAGAGUCUUCAGAGCUGGACCUUCCAGACUCUUCCCCGUCACGUCCGUCGGCAAAGAAGCGCAAGGUUGUCAACGGCGCUCGUACUGCGCCCGCCAGGAAGAAGUCCGUCACUCCCGACGCCGAACCUGAACCCACACCUCCCGUGGACUCAAGCGACGAGACGGAAGAAGUUUCCCAAAGCGAUCUCAUCGACUCGGUUGUUUCCUAUCUCCAAGUCUCCAAAGACCCCAUUGUCGCCAGAACCGAGUACUCCAACGAUAAAGUCCAGAGUAACAGUCCGCAGAAGGUGUCGGCAUAUGCGAAAAUCGCCGGUCGAGACUGGACCUACUUCGUGCGCGAACAAGCGGUCAACUUUGGGAGACCGCCAGACGAUCGCCCUAAUCUGAAUGGCGCUUCAAGCCCUAUCGCGGAUCUGAAGGAGGUCCUACCGGUCCAUAUUGACCUGGGUCCAAGCAAGAUUGUUUCACGGCACCAUGCCUCGAUCUACUACGAUGCAGAUUACCCGGUGGAUGAAGGCGGCUGGCACGUCCGAGUCAAUGGUCGAAACGGAGUUCGGGUCAAUAACGUUCUGAUCAAGAAAGGGCUGAGGAGGCAGAUCAAGUCAGGCGAUAUCUUGGAGAUUGCGGGGACGCAAAUGAUGUUUGUCACGCCCGGCGACAAGGUCGAGAUCGAUCAUUACUUUAUCGAACGUGCCAAAGCGUUGGCUGCAGGCGAGGAAGUCAGUCCUGCUCAACCCCAGCCUGAGCCUUCCAAAUACGAAGUCCCAUCCGGACCGACUCAAAAUUUCCCUUCUCUGGCCCCGGCGCCUCCCGACUUCAAACGCGAAGCUACACCGCCGGCGCAGACUGCCGACGGCAAAUCCCAGCGGGGCGUCUUCGACAGUAAAAUGCCCAUGUCGCCCAUGUAUGGUCGGGGGAUGAUGAUGGAAAGCACCCAAGAGAUCGACUACAGUCGGGACAGUGCCAAGGACCUUAAACCACCCUUCAGCUACGCAACAAUGAUUGCCCAGGCUAUCUUCUCAAGCGAGGAAGAGAAGCUGACCCUGAGUAACAUCUACUCAUUCAUAGCUGACAAGUACGCCUUUUAUCGCCAUUCCAACAGUGGCUGGCAGAAUUCCAUCCGACACAAUCUGUCGCUGAACAAAGCGUUUCAGAAAGUUCCUCGGCGAACUGACGAGCCUGGAAAGGGGAUGAAAUGGCAGAUAGCCCCAGAAUUUCGUCAGGAGUACUGGAAGAAACAAGCCCGUCGCGGAGGCUCAGCUCCGUCUUCGCCUGCUUCUGGCAAGGAAGUUAAUCCCAACUUCAGAGGGCCUAACGGCCAGAACCUGGGUUAUGAUACUAGUAUGGUUAGCCAGUUCUCUGCACGAGACAUGUCCGAUCGGGCAGGGCCUCCUUCCGCUAGGUUGAAUUUCCAAUUCCCUCCUUUUAACCCCAGGCAACAACAGUAUCCGCCGAGCCCCAGCCUGGCACCUCCUGUCUCGCAACCUGCGGAGGCUAUCACGCCUCAAAGGCGAAGAACGGACACCCAGGGCACCCUUCCGGAUAUGGACCUCGAAGAUUCCCCUUUGCGACGUGGUAAUGCCGCCCCGACACCGCAUCUCGGGAACAGUGUGCCGAUGUACACGCUUCCAUCUUCUGCUCCGCCUCCUCAUCACUCACCGUCAAAUCCCACGCUGUCGUCCUCGUACCUGGAUACCCCGUUUCACCCGUCACAGCAUAGCAUAAUUACACCUGCGCCACUGCGACAGAACCCCAGACUAGCGCCUCCCAGUACCUUGGUCGCUCCUAGCAAGUUUAUGCCAGAGUCGUCGCCUGCGGGCCCUCAAGGCCUCUUCUGGAAGGGUAUUAUGGGCGCAACACCGGGCCAGCCGCUGCCUGACAUGUCACCGGUCAAGGAUGAGGAUCCUCGAGCGAAUGGCAUGGACAGAAAUGUGAUGAGUUCAAGUCCACCCCCUAUUGAUGCGAGUAUGGGGAGUCCGAGCAAACCUGCCAGAAGUAGUCAAGCUCCUAACAGCUCAAGCUCGGCCAUGAAAAGAGAAGACAGCCCGGCAAACGCACUCGGGUUGAAAGGUGUGGCAGCUGAUGAAAAUGGAAAGUUCGCACGCAGUUUUCAAGGCAGCGCGAAUACGGUGAGUGCGGUCAAUGGUCAGAUGGGGGCCAGCCGAUUUAAUACACACCAUUCCUCGAAUACCGCCAGUGUGGCUUCGAAUCAUGAUGUUAACGACGAUGAGGGUGAUGACGGGUUUGAUUUGGCCAAAGGAUUUGCACCCAUUGCAGGUGGAAGCUUCCAUUCGCAGAGAAGCGGUAGCCUUGGUGUUGCGAGAGCUGGAUCGUGA